AUGGCCGCACCAGGAGGAGGCGGCGCCUACUCAUUCUCGCUCACAACAUUCUCGCCGUCGGGCAAGCUCGUCCAGAUCGAGCAUGCGCUCGCGGCCGUUGCUGGCGGAACGACCUCGCUCGGUAUCAAGGCGACGAACGGUGUCGUCCUCGCGACUGAGAAGAAGCAGACUUCGGCGCUGCUCGACACGUCGGUGAUUGAGAAGGUCGCGACGAUCUGCCCCAACAUCGGCAUCGUGUACAGUGGCAUGGGACCGGACUUCCGUGUGCUCGUUGCGAAGGCGCGCAAGAUUGCGCAGGCGUACUGGAAGGUCUACGGAGAGUACCCUCCCACAAAGGUUCUCGUGCAGGAGGUUGCGGCGGUUAUGCAGAAGGCGACGCAGUCUGGUGGUGUCAGGCCGUAUGGUAUUUCGCUCCUGAUCGCGGGGUGGGACGACCACCGCAACCAGUCCCUGUAUCAGGUCGACCCGUCUGGAUCGUACUGGGCGUGGAAGGCGAGCGCGAUCGGAAAGAACAUGGUCAACGCCAAAACGUUCCUGGAGAAGCGGUACAAUGACGACCUCUCGCUGGAGGACGCGAUCCACACCGCGCUCCUCACCCUCAAGGAGGGCUUCGAGGGCCAGAUGACCCCGGACACGAUCGAGAUCGGCAUCGUCACCGUCCCCACCCCCGAGCAGCUCGUCGUCCCCGACGGAGAACGCAUGAAGCCCACCUUCCGCAAGCUCAGCGAGGAGGAGGUCAAGGACUACCUCUCCCUGUAG